AUGGGGGAUGCUGCAGACCCCCGGGAGAUGCGAAAGACCUUCAUUGUUCCAGCCAUCAAGCCCUUUGACCACUAUGAUUUCGCCAGGGCCAAAAUCGCCUGCAAUCUGGCCUGGUUGGUGGCCAAAGCCUUUGGGACAGAAAAUGUGCCGGAGGAACUUCGAGAACCAUUUUACACAGAUCAGUAUGACCAAGAACACAUCAAACCGCCUGUUGUUAAUUUGCUUCUAUCAGCUGAACUGUACUGUCGUGCUGGGAGUCUUAUUCUCAAGAGCGAUGCUGCCAAACCCCUUUUGGGCCACGAUGCUGUAAUCCAGGCUUUAGCACAGAAGGGUCUUUAUGUUACUGACCAGGAAAGAUUGGUAACUGAAAGAGAUCUCCACAAGAAACCUAUACAGAUGAGUGCACAUUUGGCCAUGAUAGACACCUUGAUGAUGGCUUACACUGUGGAAAUGGUCAGUAUAGAGAAGGUAAUUGCGUGUGCUCAGCAGUAUUCAGCCUUUUUCCAAGCCACAGAUCUGCCCUAUGAUAUUGAAGAUGCUGUCAUGUACUGGAUAAAUAAGUCUCCUUCUAAAUGGUUUUGGAAACUGGUUCCAGCUCGUUAUAGGAAGGAACAAACAUUACUUAAGCAACUGCCUUGCAUUCCAUUGGUAGAAAAUUUAUUAAAGGAUGGUACAGAUGGCUGUGCUUUAGCUGCUCUUAUUCAUUUUUACUGUCCUGAUGUUGUCAGACUAGAAGAUAUUUGCUUAAAAGAAACUAUGUCUUUGGCUGAUAGCCUAUAUAAUCUGCAACUUAUCCAAGAGUUUUGCCAAGAAUACCUGAACCAGUGUUGCCAUUUCACCCUUGAAGAUAUGCUCUAUGCUGCUUCAUCCAUAAAGAGUAAUUAUUUGGUGUUCAUGGCAGAACUCUUCUGGUGGUUUGAAGUUGUGAAGCCAUCGUUUGUACAGCCUCGUGUCGUUCGUCCACAAGGAGCUGAACCUGCAAGAGAUAUGCCUUCAGCUCCUGUGUUGAAUGCUGCCAAAAGGAAUGCCAUGAGUAGUUCUUACAGUUCAGACUUCACAAGUUUUGGUGAAGGAGCUGCAUACCCACAGUCUCAUCAUCUGCCUUCUAGAUAUUCACGCCCCCAGGCUCAUUCUUCAGCAGCAGGAGGAAUCAGAAGGUCUUCAUCUAUGUCCUAUGUUGAUAGCUUCAUAGGAACAUGGCCCAAAGAGAAGAGAUCAUCAGUGCAUGGAGUUUCAUUUGAUAUUUCUUUUGAUAAAGAAAAUAGUGUACCAAAAUCUGCUCCAAACAGAGGAAUUACUCGUUCUAUUAGUAAUGAAGGACUUACUCUGAAUAACAAUCGUGCAUCUAAACAUAUUAGAAAAAAUUUGUCCUUCAAGCCAGUAAAUGGAGAAGAGGAAGCAGAAAGCAUUGAAGAAGAACUUAAUGUAGACCCUCAUGGUGACCUCAAAUCUUAUGUGCCCCUUAAUACAAAUGAACUAAAUUCUAACGAGAAUAUUCAUUAUAAGCUUCCAAAUGGAGCUUUGCAAAAUAGAGUCCUUCUCGAUGAGUUUGGCAAUCAGAUCUUAACACCAAGUAUUGAAGAAGCAUUACAAAUAAUUCAUGAUACUGACAAGUCUCCACACACACCUCAGCCAGACCAAAUUGCUAAUGGCUUCUUUCUUCAUAGCCAAGAAAUGACUAUCCUAAAUUCAAAUAUCAAGCUAACUCAAUCCAGCCCUGAUAACGUAUCUGAUACGAAAGGUGCCUUGAGUCCCGUAACUGACAAUACCGAAGUAGACACUGGAAUUCAUGUUCCUUCAGAAGAUAUUCCUGAAACCAUGGAUGAGGAUUCUUCUUUGAGAGAUUAUACUGUCAGUUUGGACUCCGACAUGGACGAUGCGUCUAAAUUUCUUCAGGAUUAUGAUAUGAGAACCAGCAAUGCCAGAGAGGUUUUGAGUCCUUGUCCAAGUACAGUAAGUACUAAGUCUCAGCCAGGCAGCAGUGCUUCUUCUAGUUCUGGGGUUAAAAUGACCAGCUUUGCUGAACAGAAAUUCAGGAAACUGAAUCACACUGACGGAAAGAGCAGUGGAAGCAGCUCUCAGAAAACUACGCCAGAGGGUUCAGAACUUAACAUUCCACAUGUGGUUGCUUGGGCACAAAUUCCAGAAGAAACCAGCCUUCCACAAGGACGGGAUACUACCCAGCUCUUGGCUUCUGAAAUGGUGCACCUUAGGAUGAAGCUCGAAGAGAAACGGCGUGCUAUAGAAGCCCAGAAGAAGAAAAUGGAAGCUGCUUUUACAAAACAGAGGCAGAAAAUGGGAAGGACAGCAUUCCUGACUGUGGUGAAAAAAAAAGGAGAUGGGAUUUCUCCUCUUCGAGAGGAAGCAGCUGGUGCAGAAGAUGAGAAAGUAUAUACCGAUCGUGCCAAAGAAAAGGAGCCACAGAAAGCUAAUGGGCAAAGAAGCAAGUCUCUGGCUGAUAUAAAAGAAAGCAUGGAGAAUCCUCCAGGCAAAUGGCUCAAGUCUCCCACCACGCCUGUGGAUCCUGAGAAGCAGUGGAACCUGGCAAGCCCCACAGAAGAAACUCUGAAUGAAGGAGAGAUUUUAGAGUACACAAAAUCCAUUGAAAAGUUAAAUUCAUCUCUGCAUUUUCUCCAACAAGAAAUGCAACGCUUGUCACUUCAGCAGGAAAUGUUAAUGCAGAUGAGAGAGCAACAGUCCUGGGUGAUUUCCCCUCCACAGCCCUCUCCACAGAAACAGCUGAGGGAUUUUAAACCUUCCAGGCAGGCGGGUUCAUCAUCUUCCGCUGCACCGUUCUCCUCAGACUCCCCUCGCCCUGCUCAUCCAUCUCCACAGCCUUCUAACAGGAAGAGCUCAUCUUUUUCUAUUAAAAAUCAAAGGACUCCUAGGCCAAAUGACUUAAAAAUAACACCUUUGAAUCGAACCUUGACACCUCCUCGGUCUGUGGAUAGUCUUCCUCGAUUAAGGAGGUUUUCCCCAAGUCAGGUUCCUAUUCAGACGAGGUCUUUUGUAUGUUUUGGAGACGAUGGAGAACCUCAGUUGAAGGAAACCAAGCCAAAAGAGGACAUUAAAAAGGAGGAAUUGGAAUCCAAGGAAACUUUGGAACAGCAUGAACAGAAUCCGGACGAAAAGGAGAUAAAACCUUUGGAGUCCACAGUGUCUGAAGUUCUGUCCCAGCCUAUCACAGAGACUGUUUGUCUAACGCCAAAUGAGGACCAACUCAGUCAGCUCACAGAACCACCCCCAAAACUCAUUUUCCCAACUCCAGCACCGAAAAAUGUUAAUCUGAUUGAAGUUUCCCUGUCAGAUUUGAAACCUCUUGAAAAGGCUGAUGUAUCUGUUGAAAAAUAUGAUGGAGAAAGUGAUAAGGAACAAUUUGAUGAUGACCAGAAAGUAUGCUGUGGAUUCUUUUUUAAGGAUGAUCAAAAAGCAGAAAAUGAUAUGGCAAUGAAGCGGGCAGCUUUGUUGGAGAAAAGAUUAAGAAGGGAAAAAGAAACACAGCUGCGGAAACAACAGCUCGAGGCGGAAAUGGAGCAUAAGAAGGAAGAGACACGGCGUAAAACUGAAGAAGAACGUCAAAAGAAAGAAGAUGAGAGAGCACGCAGGGAAUUUAUUAGGCAAGAAUAUAUGAGGCGAAAACAACUGAAACUGAUGGAAGAUAUGGAUACCAUAAUUAAACCCCGACCUCAAGUAACCAAACAAAAAAAACAGCGCCCCAAAUCUAUCCAUAGAGAUCAUAUUGAAUCCCCCAAAACCCCGAUAAAGGGUCCUCCAGUCUCUAGCCUUUCUUUGGCAUCACUGAACACGGGUGAUAACGAGAGUGUGCAUUCAGGCAAGAGGACACCAAGGUCAGAGUCUGUAGAAGGCUUCUUAUCUCCAAGUCGCUGUGGCAGUCGAAAUGGCGAAAAAGACUGGGAAAAUGCAUCAACAACUUCUUCAGUGGCGUCUGGAACAGAGUACACAGGACCAAAGCUGUACAAAGAACCAAGUGCAAAAUCCAAUAAACACAUAAUACAAAAUGCUUUAGCUCAUUGCUGUUUGGCUGGAAAAGUAAAUGAAGGUCAAAAGAAAAAAAUACUAGAGGAAAUGGAGAAAUCAGAUGCCAACAACUUCUUAAUCUUGUUCCGGGAUUCAGGCUGCCAGUUCAGGUCUUUGUAUACUUACUGUCCAGAAACUGAAGAAAUCAAUAAACUGACAGGAAUAGGCCCUAAAUCUAUCACUAAAAAGAUGAUUGAGGGACUUUACAAAUAUAACUCUGACAGGAAACAGUUUAGCCACAUACCUGCUAAAACUUUAUCUGCCAGUGUUGAUGCAAUUACCAUUCACAGCCAUUUGUGGCAGACCAAGAGACCAGUGACACCCAAAAAACUUCUGCCCACCAAGGCAUAG